AUGAAAUUUGCCGAGCACCUUUCGUCCCACAUCACUCCAGAGUGGAGAAAACAGUACCUUCAAUAUGAGGCUUUUAAGGACAUGUUGUAUGCAGCACAGGACCAAGCCCCAUCUACAGAAGUCACAGAUGAGGACACCGUGAAGCGAUACUACGCUAAAUUUGAAGAGAGGUUUUUCCAGACAUGUGAGAAGGAGCUGUUGAAAAUCAAUACAUUUUAUUCAGAAAAGCUUGCAGAAGCCCAAAGACGCUUUGCCACUCUGCAGAAUGAGCUGCAAUCUUCGCUGGACGCCCAGCGUGAGAGCAACGCUCCACCCGGCCUACGCAGACGCAAGACCGUAUUUCACCUGUCACAGGAGGAACGUUGCAAGCACCAUAACAUCAAGGAUCUUAAGCUAGCCUUUAGUGAGUUCUACCUGAGCCUCAUCCUGCUGCAGAACUACCAGAAUUUAAACUUCACUGGUUUCCGUAAGAUCCUGAAGAAACAUGACAAGAUCCUGGAUACCUCUCGUGGAGCGGACUGGCGCGUGGCUCACGUGGAGGUGGCGCCAUUCUACACCUGCAAGAAGAUCACGCAGCUCAUCACUGAGACGGAGACACUGGUGACCACCGAGUUGGAGGGAGGAGAUCGUCAGCGGGCCAUGAAGAGGUUACGAGUUCCUCCGCUGGGGGCCGCUCAGCCUGCUUUGGCCUGGACGACCUUCCGCGUGGGUCUUUACUGUGGCAUCUUCAUCAUCCUUGCCAUUGCUUUUGUCCUUACAGUGUUCUUCCGCUAUGAGAAUGUGUGGCCUCUAGUGCGGAUCUACAGAGGUGGUUUUCUCUUGAUCCAAUUUCUGUUCUUGCUGGGCAUCAACACAUACGGUUGGAGACAGGCGGGAGUCAACCAUGUGCUAAUCUUUGAGAUCAAUCCCCGCAACAACCUCUCACACCAGCACCUGUUUGAGAUCGCUGGGUUCCUCGGUGUGUUAUGGUGUCUCAGCAUCCUGUCGUGUCUCUACUCAGAGUACCUAUAUCUCCCCAUGCAAAUCAACCCCCUCGUCCUGUACGGUUUCAUGCUACUCUUUCUCAUCAACCCCUUCAAGACCUGCUACUACAAGUCACGCUUCUGGCUGCUCAAACUGCUGUUCCGAGUGUUCACGGCACCCUUUCACCGAGUGGAGUUUGCAGACUUCUGGCUGGCCGACCAACUCAACUCGCUGGUAGUGGUUCUGAUGGACCUGGAGUACCUCAUCUGCUUCUACAUCUUUGAGCUAAAGUGGGGCAACAGCAAGGGCUUGUUGCCUAAUAUAAAUGGUUCCACAACCUUCGUGUGCCACAGCUACUCGUACGGCCUACGUGCUAUCAUCCAAUGUCUGCCCGCCUGGCUGCGUUUCAUCCAAUGCCUCAGGCGUUACAGAGACACUAAGAGGGCCUUCCCCCACCUGGUGAAUGCUGGCAAAUAUUCCACCACCUUCUUCGUAGUCACCUUCGCCGCGCUCUACGCCACACACAGAGAGCAAGGCCACACCGACGCCGACAUGUUCUUCUACCUGCUGAUCGUCUUCUCCACCAUAAGCUCCUUGUACACACUGAUCUGGGAUUUGCGCAUGGACUGGGGUCUGUUUGACCGAGGAGCUGGAGAAAACACCUUCCUUCGAGAGGAGAUUGUUUACCCACAUAAGGCCUAUUACUACUGUGCCAUCUUAGAAGAUGUGAUCCUGCGUUUUGCCUGGACAAUUUCUCUCUCUCUAACCACCAUGACCAAGAUUCACUCAGUGGGCGACAUUGUGGCCACCGUGCUAGCUCCUCUCGAGGUCUUCAGACGUUUUGUGUGGAACUUCUUCCGCCUGGAGAACGAGCACCUGAACAACUGCGGUGAAUUCCGCGCCGUGCGAGACAUUUCAGUGGCACCGCUCAAUGCCGAUGAUCAGACGCUGUUGGAGCAGAUGAUGGACCAGGAGGACGGUGUCCGCAACCGCUCGGGCAAAAAGACCUGGAAGAGGUCUUACAGUCUCACACUGCGGCGCCCUCUGCUGUCCUCUCAAUCCAAAAAGGACACAAAAGUUCUAAUUGAAGAUACGGAUGAUGAAGCCUUCAGCUAG